AUGCCAGCCCACGGAUUUUCUGAACCACUGCUGAACCCAGUUUUCACGAAAUAUGGCCUUCCAGGUGAAAUAAAAAUUGGAAGCAACUCGCUGGGCCCUCAUCCAUUCUCUGACCAUCGCCCUGUACAUCAUCCCGAAUGGGACAAGCCAUCCACUUCUGGCUACGUUAUUUCCAAACAUUUGAUUAACGAGCCACCUCUUGGGCACCCGCCAUUCAAAAUCAUCGUUGUCGGAGCCGGUGCCGCGGGAAUUGACUUUUUACACCACGCCGUGAAGGACUUUGCAGGGCUAAAUGUCGAGUUCGCGGUCUAUGACAAGAAUCCCGAAAUUGGCGGGACUUGGUAUGAAAAUAGAUACCCAGGCUGCGCUUGCGACAACCCUAGCGUCGGGUAUACAUUUCCCUGGAAAGCGAAGCCUGACUGGACUAGCUUUUAUUCAUCAUCAUUAGAAAUAUGGCAGUACUUCAAGGAUAUUGUGGAUGAGGAGGGCAUGAUGAAAUAUAUCACCCUUAAUACAUCUGUUUCCGGUGCAGCAUGGGACGAGAAGAAAAGUAAAUGGACGGUAACACUUUCUCAGCAGACCGAUGGGGGUCUUAAAAAGCAGUGGCAGGAAGAUUAUGAUGUCAUUCUCAAUGGAAGCGGAUUUUUAAACGCUUGGAAGUGGCCAAAUAUUCAGGGGCUAAAGACAUUCAAAGGAGACAUUUUCCACACGGCAAACUAUAGAGAUGGCUUUGACUUGAAAAACAAGAGGGUAGCUGUCAUCGGCUCUGGCAGUUCAGGUGUGCAAGUCUGUGCUGCAAUCUACCCUGAGGUCGAGAAGCUGUAUACUUGGGUGCGGAGUCCCACCUGGAUUACCGCUGCCUUUGGUAAGCAAUUUGCUGGAAAAGACGGCCAGAACUUUAACUACACGGCGGCCCAGAAAAAGGCAUUCAAGGACGACCCAGAGAGCUAUCAGCGGUACAAGAAGACUAUUGAAAACGAACUAAACAAGAGAUUCAAGUUGGUAUUGCGCGAUACAGGGGAGUCGGACGAAGCGAAUGCUUACGCUUUUAAAGAAAUGAGCACAAAGCUUGAAAAUAAACCUUAUUUGAAGGACUUCAUCAUUCCAAGCAAUUUCAAUGUGGCCUGUCGUCGGCCUACACCAGGCAAUGGCUAUCUUGAGGCUCUUGCUGGUGAUAAGACUACAGUUUUUACCUCGACCAUUCAGGCUAUCACUGAAAAUGGGAUCGUCGAUGCUGCCACGGGUGAACAUCCAGUUGACGUGAUUAUCUGUGCCACUGGAUUUGAUACGUCAUUCCGGCCGCAAUUUCCCAUUACAGGGUUGAAACCUAACGUAACUUUGGCAGAGAAAUGGGCUGAAUUCCCCGCCAGCUACUUGGGUGUUGGCGUAGAUGGUUUCCCUAAUUAUUUCACUUACUCCGGACCUUUUACACCUGUGGCCCAGGGUUCAUUACUACCUAUUAUAACGCUGCUAACAAAUCACUUUGUUACAAUUAUUAAGAAAAUGCGAAAACAGCACAUUCGUCGACUGAGCCCGAAGCCACAGGCUGUCGCGGAUUUUGCGGAACAUGCACGAACAUUCCUGCCUCGUACUUGCUGGGCAGAUCCCUGCAGCUCCUGGUUCAAGCAAGGGACUAAAGACGGCCCUAUUGUUAUGUGGCCAGGAUCUCGAUUGUCAUUCUUCGAAAUCCUUCAUCAGCCAAAUUAUGAAGACUACGAUAUCGAGUAUUGGAACAAGAAUCGAUGGUCGUUCAUGGGCUCUGGUUUUGUGGAUAUCGAAUACUCUGAGUCUGCGGACUUGACCUGGUAUCUUGAUGAGUACUCUGGACACAAGGACUGGGUUGGAGGGGUGCCGUUGAACCCGGAAGUGGAUGAGUUUAAGGAUGUUAAUCGUGGUGCAAUUCCUGGCACUGCACUGUAA